AUGAUUGCCACAGCCGCCGACACCCGGCCCCGCCGCAUCGCCGCCCUUUCGCUUGCCGCCAUCGCCCUCACCUGUUUCGCCGCCGUCUACCACGCCGGCGUGCUUCCUCAACCCGACGAGUUUGGCCGCCAGAAGGACGCCGCCACCUUUCAGGGCGAGGAGAGCUGCAAGUCGCGCAGCGGGCCCAUCCACUCUUUCAUCAACUCCGCGGUCGACAAAGUCGUUGCCAGGGUGCCCGGCUCCAAGAUCUCCGACCUGCCCGUGGAGGCAAACAUCAACGUCGGACCCGUCAAGGUCACCAUCUCCGAGCUCAAGAUCGAGGCGCUGUCGGUCGAGUCGGUCGACUACGACUCGUGCGGCGGCUUGCGGAACGGGCUCAAGGUCCACCUCACCGGCAUCGACCUCGGCGUCGGGCUGCACUACGACGAGCCCGGCAAGUGGGGCCGCGGCGCCGCCAGCGGCGACGCGCGCACCGCCGUCACGGGCACCAUCGACCUCACCAUCUCUGAGCUCUCCGAGGUGACGGAGCGGGCGAGCGCGCCGCCGACGUCUCGAAGCUUCCGCUUCCGAUCGGCAGAUCCCCGCUUCGGCCCGCUCGGCUGUGAGACGAAGAGAGGCGGCCGUAUGGCCCACGUCGAGAUCUCCGGCGCGGAGGGCUCCAAGCUCGAGGGCAAGGGCGGCUCUUUCGAGGGGCUGGUCGCGAUGCUCAACAGUGCGCUCGCGGCGCUCCAGGACAAGAAGCCAAAGAUCCUCGGCUGA